AAAAUGAAUUCAACCAGCUAGCUGGUCUGAAUUCACCCAGACGUUCUUCUGCGUAUUUUGUAACCAACUUCAAAAUACAAAAUAGAAACUCAACCAAACCAUCAGAAAAAAGUCAGAGGCUGGAAUGGCAACCUUUCAGCCUUGGUACCAUGGUAAUAUUACCCGCUCCAAAGCUGAGGACUUGCUUUCCAAAGCAGCAAAGGAUGGUAGCUUUCUACUCCGAGACAGCGAAUCUAUUCCAGGAGCAUACGCCCUCUGCGUACUAUAUCAGAACUGUGUGUACACAUACAGAAUCUUGCCAAAUGAAGAAAGAAAACUUUCUGUUCAGGCAUCAGAGGGAGUGCCAAUCCGCUUCUUCUCUGUGAUAAGCGAUCUAGUGGAGCACUACUACAAGGAGAACAUGGGGCUGGUGACGCACCUCCAGUACCCCGUGCAGAAGGAGGAGGAGAGAGCAGAGGAGCCCGAGGAGGAGUCUGAGCCUAUAAACAUCCCUCCACAGCUUCCACCUAGAAACUUUAUUGCCCUGCCAUCGACCAGCGAGAACAGGGAAACUGCCAGCGAUACCUCAAAAGGCUCAGAGAUUGUCCGACCGUCCAUUUCAGACACGUUCUUACAGAGACUGCAGCACCAGGAGACCAGCAACAUACCAGAAGAACACCUAAAAUCCAUCCAAGACUACUUUAAGGUUUCUGUUUGCCUUGAUGCAGAACUCGUACAGAAUGGUAAUCCCACCCUUCCCAAUCUGAAAAAGCUAACCAAUGAGCUCUGUAAAAACCUGAACAGUGAAAUUACACGCACUUUGCCUACUUUGGAGCUAUUUCAGAAGGCUCUGGAUCAACAGCUCUCACCUGGCCCAGGACGCUUGAGGAAUCAGACCUCUUCAGAUUCCAGUCUAGUGUCCAUUUCUUCUAAGCUUGAGCAAAUAAUGAAACUGCUGAAUUCAAUAGAAGACAAGACAAAGAAUGCUGUGUUUGAGUCUGUGGGAUAUGAUGGAGGCCACAGAAAAUCAUUAAUACCUCCUGUUACCUUUGAGGUUAAAUCAGAUUCGCUUGGUAUCUCAACAAAAAUGUACCUGAAGGUGGAUGUGGAGACUGGGAAAGUGAUUUUUAAGAAGUCCAAAGAAGGAUCAGAGGACAAGUAUGUCGUGCACAACAAAAUCUUACAGCUUGUGAAGUCACAGAAAGUCCCCAAUAAGCUUGUGAUUGUCAUGGAAACAGAGAAAGAGAAGAUUCAAAGGAAAGAGUAUGUCUUUGAAGAUUCAAAGAAACGAGAAGGUUUCUGUCAGCUUCUUCAGCAGAUGAAAAAUAAACACUCUAAUAAGGCUGAGCCUGACAUGAUAACCAUCUUCAUAGGCACUUGGAAUAUGGGCAGUGCCAGUCCUCCUGGGAAUAUUACAUCCUGGUUCAAGUCGAAAGGACAAGGAAAGACACGAGAUGACACAGCGGACCACAUCCCACAUGAUAUCUAUGUUAUUGGGACUCAGGAGGAUCCGCUUGGGGAAAGGGAAUGGAUGGAAACUAUCAAAACCACCCUUAGGGAAGUCACCAGCAUCAACUUCAAGCCAAUUGCCAACCACACACUCUGGAACAUUCGCAUUGUCGUUCUGGCAAAACCAGAGCAUGAGAACCGCAUCAGCCACAUCUUCUCUGAUAGUGUCAAGACAGGGAUUGCCAAUGCACUCGGCAAUAAGGGAGCAGUAGGUGUUUCCUUUAUGUUCAAUGGAACAUCCUUUGGAUUUGUUAAUAGUCACCUGACAUCUGGGAGUGAAAAGAAGCUGAGGCGAAACCAGAACUACAGCAGUAUUCUGCGCUUCCUAAACCUUGGUGAUAAGAAACUAAAUCCUUUUGACAUCACACAUCGAUUCACUCAUCUGUUCUGGCUGGGAGAUUUGAACUAUCGCAUUGAAAUGGCAUCUCACGAAGCUGAAAAUAUUGUGGCAAAGAUCAAACAGGGGCAACACCAGGAGCUCCUCAUUAAAGACCAGCUCACAAUUGAGAAGAAGGAAGGGAAGGUCUUUUUACUUUAUGAGGAAGAAGACAUUACAUUUCCCCCCACCUAUCGUUUUGAGAGAGACACACGUGAAAGAUAUGCUUACACUAAAGCCAAGGCGACAGGAACAAAAUAUAACCUUCCCUCUUGGUGUGACCGUGUUCUUUGGAAAUCGUACCCAAUGGCCCAUGUGGUUUGUCAGUCUUACGGGUGUACCACUGACAUCAUGACAAGUGACCAUUCUCCUGUAUUUGCAACAUUUGAAAUCGGAGUGACAUCACAGUUUGUCUCCAAAAACAAUCCUGACACUGAGUCUCUGGGUGCCAUCAAAUUCAUGAACUGUGUGGCCAGUUUCAAGACCAAGUCCAAAACCAAAUUUUUCAUUGAGUACCACUCGAGCUGCUUGGAGAAUUUUGUAAAAAGUCCCGAGGGAGAGAACCAGGAGCAUUCAGACGAGUCCCUGAAGGUGCGAUUUCAAACACAAGUUGAGCUUACUCCAAUAAUCUCAGAUCCAGAAUAUUUAUUGGACCAACAUAUACUCAUCUGUGUGAAGUCAACAGACAGUGAUGAAUCCUUCGGGGAAGGCUGUGUGGCUCUACGGUCUGCAGAGUCCUCCAAAACAGACUUCCACAUCCGUCUGACUCAUCAUGGAGAACUGACAGGGACGUUAAGUGGUAGCAUCCAGCUGCAUACUUCUGAGGGCAAGCAGACUGAGAAACUUUAUGAUUUCGUCAAGGUGGAAAGAGAUGACUCAGCUUUGCCAAAGAGUGGGGCCAACAAGUCACCCCACUCUUCUCCGACUGACAUCACUAACCCCAGUUAUAUGGGAGUGGGCUUAAAAUCUGAUGUGGUUCAUCAGGGUGGCUGGAGCUAUGACAUGCCUCAGAAACCUAGCCCACCUGGAGGAUUUGGUUGUAAGGAGUCCUCCCCUCCAAAUCGCUCCCCCCUGUCUCCCAAAAAGACAAGCCAGGGAAUGGCUGUUCGUAGUCCCCCGGCAAAACCACUACCUGAGCAUCCGUCUGUUGCAGAGGAUGGGAAGCCUGCGGAGAUGUUUGAUAAUCCUCUGUACGGUGCCAUGGGGAAGCCGAAGCCAGCCAGCCGCAACAAGGAGCAGGAAUCUCCUCGAGCCAACCGCAAGGACCUGUUAACACCAGAACCGUACUUCUUUCCGAAGACCCAGGACUCAGAGGCAGAUCGUCCACCCCCUGUUCCCACCCCCCGGAACCGCUCCUUCACCUGCUCUGAGACCAAGCAGCAGAGCCCCAGUACCCUCCAACCUCCUGGAAUCACUAAAAAGCCAGUGGUUCCAUCCCGCUCAGAGGGGGGCAUGCUGCCAAACAAUCGCCCACCUUUGCCCGCCAAGUCACGGCCAGCAGGGCAGCCAGAACCUCCCAUAACCAAACCGAGAGACUACCGAGACAGCUCAGAGCUCCCAGCCAAAAACAGACCACGAGGUGGAGAUGGUCUUCCUUCACGACCUGCCCAGCCUUUCCCCAAAGAAGUGAAUCAGGAAGCUCUCCAGGUUCAUAAGAAGAUACGAUCAGUUAAAUGAGCUGUGAUUGUUUUACAAUAUUUAUGAUGAACUGCUGCUUUCACAUCAGCUUACAAGGACUGUAUAUAUUACUCCAGGAGCUGGACACACAGAUAAAUUUCCUAAUUAUCCCACAUAAUUAGGAAAUUUACACUUUCAUAUUGAAAUCAUCACCACCUGGAGCCCUCCUUAAUCCACAGCACAAGAAAAAUCUUCCCAACACUGUUAAAGUAGCUGACAAAUGCUGAGAUUCAAGAAACAUCCUGCAUUCUACAGACUCCCAUAAAAAAAAAAAAGUGUUCAAUUUUUAACUUAUGGCUAUAAUCACUUGAUCCACACCACCAGUACUGUAGAAGAAUGCUUUCCUGAGGACGUUUUCUUGAAAUGGUACAUAAAUGUAUUGUAUUUCAAAUAAGAAAUUUCAUAUAUUCCAAAUGAUAAUGAUUUUUUUUCCAUUCACAAAGUCAACAACAUUAGGUGUUUAUUUUCAAAAUAAAAUGACUAAAAUGACUAAAACCAAGAGUGAUUGCUGAGAAAGGCAUUCCUAAGGUUACAGCUUUAUACAGCGCCUUUGAAAAUUUUUAGCUGGAAAGUAACAGGGUGUAUGAAUAAUGUAUGUAUGACUGUAAAGAAUGUAAAAAUCUUUAGUAUUGCAGUGCUUUAACUAAUUGUGCACCGAAUGUGCCUGUUUUGUUAAUUUAUUUAAAGUUUUGCUCACCAUUGUAAUCUUUCCUGUGCUUUUCAUGUAUAGCUUGAAGAAAAACCAUGCUGUAUAAAUCUAACCAACAGUAUACUACUUCACACCCAGCCAUUAUAAACAUCAGUUUUAUACAGAUAUGAAAUGCAUUUUUCACAACCUUCACAAGCAGUUUUCAAGUAAUAUUAGUUAGGACAGUUAGAUAGGGACGCCAAAGUAUUGUACAGGAAAAUUAUUUUUCGUGCCAGCUGCUUGCCAGGAUAGGCUCUGGCUCCCCCUCAACCCAGAACUGAAUUAAGUGGUUUCUAAGUGGUUAGAAAAUGGAUGAGUGGAUGGUUGCAUAUAUCCAACUAGAAAGUCCUUCUAGAGACUAAAUGUACUUUUGGGUACUUAGAAGGAGACCAUUUACAGUAAUAACUUGGUUCUGUAAAUGUGUAUACUAUUGUAAGCACACUUAUGGGGGAAAAGGUAAACAAAUCACACAGGCAUCUUGUUUUCAAGCCAGUUCAGGUUUUCAGUUGUGAGACCGUAAUGAUUGAAGCCAUCUGUUGCUGCCAGAAAAUGUAAAUCACCCUGCAAAAAAAACAACAACAUGUAGCACUUUGAAAAAUAAGCAUUGCAGAAAUUCUUUGAAGUCACCCACGAAUAUUUGCUUUUGUAUAUGAGCAUAUCACAGGCAGCAUGAUGAGUUUGCACAUUCUUUCAGUGCACAGCUUUGUACCAAAGGCAUUGGGUUAUGUUUGAUUGUUUAUUCUACAUUGCUGCUCUCUAUGGGCCUGUGGCAGACUGGUGCACUGUCCAAUGUGCACUCAGGUCCGGCUUGCAUACUAUGCUUCAAGGAUAGGCACUGGAUUGCUGAGACCAAAAUAUGACGCUUACCUAAGGUGGAUACUCAUAUCAUAUUCAGUCUCUUCUACAGUACAUACUAAAAACCCACCGCUGGUAAUACAGGCACUGGAGCAAAAACAUUUAGCCUAAAAAAUCUCUAUGUAGGUACUUUCUGUAGAGAAGAGGGCAGAGAAGACUGAUUGUUUUUAAAGAAAUCAAUUUUGCAAAAAAAUUGUGCAAUUCUGAAAUGAUUAAUAUCAUGUUCUGUAUCCUGAAAUGCCUGAAAAUAAAACUGGAAAAAAAUCCCCAAA